GUGACGAAGCUGAAGCGAUGGAGCUCAUUGACAAAACUGUCGAGCUGCGUGGCAGUCAAGUGCUCAAUAUGCACUCUUACCAUUCAAUCAUCUGGCGGCGAAGGAUUAUGGCGUUUGCGACGCUUCUUGCAUGGAUCGGUGUUAUAAUGCUGGUGGCGGCGCUGGCGACGACGAGCUGGGCAACGAUUGAUUUCGUCAACACCGACUACCACCCAAUUCACGUAGAUUUGGGAGUCUGGGGAGAGUACAGAAAAAUUAAUACUUUCAAAAAAGUCACAGUUGAAUGGAUUCCUCAUUUCCCGGCCCCACCAGAGAAUAUCCUGCGACUUGCGGACACUCAUUUGCAACAUUACUACCGAUCACAAGCUUUCAUGGGAUGCUUCGGAGCAGUCAUUCUUUUGUGCACCAACGUUCUAGCUGUUUACACCUUCUAUCAUCAUCGUUACAUGUACAAAAGAGCCGUCGCUGCUCUUUAUCUUGUUGUUGCCAUGUGCAUCUUCGGAGCAAUCGAAAUUCUAUCAAGUAGCAUCAAUGAAUGGAACACCGCCGUUGCUCAGAAUGGCGAGUUCGAUUACGAAGCCGGCAAAAAGAUGGGUUACUCAACAAGACUUGCUCAAGGAGCCAUCGCCACUUCUUUGAUCGCAUGCCUGGCAUUUGCUCUAGGAUCACACAAACAAAAAGGAGAGCACGCGGCUACAGCAGAACUGGAAAUUGAAGACAGAGAGUAUCAUAUUGGGCGAUGAUUGAGAUGUCAAUUGUUUAAUUCGUACACAUUCCCUAUCAUUCUUUGUUAUUUUCGAAAUCUUGGAACUCACAACUCUGGAUAAUAGUCUUGCAAUAUGCGCUUGUUUGAAACAAAAAAUGUAUUUUUCAGAAUUCAAAGUGUUCAAAUUGAUUGAGCUUUUUUGACUUACACUUUCCACUGACCAAACUUAAUGUGAACUGUUUUUUUUUCAUCAUAUUUUUUGCAAAUAAAAUAUUUGGGAGUU